AUGAUUGUAAGAUCACUGGGCAUCCCGGCUGUAUUUCCUUCUCGUCGUGGUCUUAGAGGAGGCAAAUUGGUGAAGAUUAACAGAGCUGCUAAGAAAUUCCUAUAUUAUGGCUUGGUCAAUGCCAGGUCUCUCGUCAGCAACAAGUAUGUCAUUUCCCAUCAUCUAACUGUAACCGGUCUUAAUGUCCUGGCUGUAACUGAAACCUGGCUUAAUGAAAAAAACGGUGAAACCAUACUUCGAGAGGUUUGUCCAUCUGGCUACUCGGCUAUUCACUGCCCGAGAUCUCGUGGCCGUGGUGGUGGAGUGGCUUUGUUUUUUCGUGACUCUCUCCGUGUCGGUAUUCUCUCCGUUGACUUCUGUCCAGAUUCUUUUGAAUACCUAUACGCCUCUGUAUGCGUAAAUGGUGUGACAUUGCGGCUAGUCGUUAUCUAUCGACCUCCAUCUCUCAGUCCUGUCCAAUUCCUGACUGACUUCGUUGACCUGCUUGAACUUCUCCUGCCUCAUCCUUCAAAGUUACUGAUUGUGGGUGAUUUUAAUAUUCAUGUGGACUCUGAAUCUAAUGCAUUCGGUCAGAAGUUUCUUUCCCUCGUCGAAUCGUGUGACCUAUCUCAGCAUGUCGGUGAAUCUACUCAUCACGGUGGCCACACUCUAGAUCUAGUAUUGUCGAGGUCAGUUGAUAAUCUAGUCCUUGACUGUCAUGUCUCUGAUUUACUCACUGACCACUCUGCCGUCCACUGGUUUGCUCGGGCUAGUCGUCCAGUUCGUCCGAAAAAAGCUGUCACAUUCAGAGACCUCAAAUCCUUAGAUCUGGAUCUAUUCGUGACUGAUCUGCUCAAUCUCCAACUUUUCACUGCGGAGACUAACGACGUAACCACUCUUCUAGAAUGGUACAACGAAGGAUUAGCCGCGGUUCUCAACAAGCACGCACCUAUUCAGAAAAGGAUAUUCACCAUCCGUCCGGACAACCCAUGGAAUAAUGCUGACAUCCACUUCAUGCGGAAGCAAGUGAGGUGGUUAGAACGAAGAUGGAAACUUUCCGGUUUGGCGAUUGAUAAGAAGAUCUUACUUCAGGCUCUAGCUGACCUGCGGAGUCUCAUCUCUACCGCAAAAGUGAAUUUUCUCAACUCCAAGAUCGUCGAGCAAACUGGGAAGAAGUCGUUAUUUAAGAUUGUCGAUUCAUUCCUCCUCAAGAAGCCAUCUCUUCGACUUCCGUCACAUGAUGACCUGCUUUCCCUUCUUGAGAACUUCGGUGACUUCUUUCUUACUAAAGUUCGUGAUAUCUGGUCUAGUCUCGUGUUAUCUGGCUCGGACCUGGAACCUGAGCAUUCUUUGACGUCUCGUACUUUCUCAUCGUUCUCUCCAAACCUGGUCGACGUCCUUGUUGCCCCAAUAACUAAGAUUGUAAAUCUUUCUCUGUCAUCGGGUGUGUUUCCGGAUACCAUGAAAUUAGCCCUGGUCACUCCGCUGCUGAAGAAGCCAAACAUCGACCCGGAAAUCCUAAGCAACUAUCGACCUAAUCUGACUCCGAGUCCCUCCUUGUCCCUGUCCAAUCGGCCUACAGACCUUACCAUUCCACUGAGACUGCGCUAUGCGCUAUUGAAAGUUUUUAAUGAUCUCCUUCUCUCUGUUGAUGAAAACGGUACUGGUGUUGUGAUGGCAUUUCUUGACCAAAGCGCGGCCUUUGAUCUGGUUGAUCACAAUAUUCUUAUUGGUCGCCUUGCUGUCCGUUUUGGUUUUCGUGGUCUUAGUCUUGCAUGGUUUCAGUCCUACCUGUCUAGUCGCUGUCAAUCAAUUAGUGUGUCUGGUAAUACGUCCUCUCCUGCUUAUCUCCCCUUUGGUGUCCCCCAAGGCUCUGUUCUUGGACCUCUUCUCUACAAUUUGUACACCAGUCCAAUUCAUGACAUAUCUACCAGGCACGGUAUUGAUGAUCAUCAGUAUGCCGACGAUGAUCAGAAAUAUACUCGAUUCCGGAUAACACCUACUGGAGCUGAACAGCGCAAGGCAUUCUCUUCCCUGUCUGCCUGCAUUGAAGAGACAAAAAGGUGGGGUGCUCUUAAUCGGAUGAAAUAUAACGAUAUGAAGACGGAGGUUCUGUUGGUGUUUUCUAAAUACGUCGGUGCAAAGCCAAUUGAUUUGUCCCUGGAGGUUGGCGAGAAGAAAACCAAUCCUGUGUCAUCUUUCCGAAGUCUUGGGGUCACAAUUAACUCCCAUCUAUCGAUGGAUGGCCAGAUACGCUUGAUCUGCAAGAAUGCUUUCUUCCACCUAAGAAGAAUUUCCCAGCUGAAGAAGUUCCUCUCUAAAGCAGCCCUUGCUCAACUGAUCCAUGCAUUUGUCAUCUCUAGGCUAGACUACUGCAAUUCUCUUCUUGCUGGCCUAUCGAGGGUUUCAUUGGAUCGCCUUAAACGUGUCCAAAAUGCUGCUGCUCGUCUACUUCAUGGUGCCAAGAAGACGAAGACGAUGAAUGCUAGAGCGCCGGGAAUUCACAGCAUAGUCUCAGCGGAAUUUCUGCUUCCGGCUCUUAUGGAGAAAUGGCUAUUGCUCAUGGGGUGGGAAACGGGUAAUGAAACUUGGGCUUCAGAAACCGGCGCUGGAGAGUCUGAAACUAAUUGCGAUCUCACCCAUGUCCGACUCCUCUCAGUGUGA